AUGGCUAGGAAGAAGAAGGAGUGGGGAAUAAAGUAUGGCUGCCCUAUCUACGGCAUCGCCUGGCCGCCUGGGGAGUAUGUCUAUGUGUGCGGCGGCGGCGGGCACGGCAUCGAAAACAAGGUGGUGGUGCUGCGCUGUCAGGAUGGCGUGCAGUCUGAGGAAGUAGCCAAGCUGAACACUGGCCAGGAUGCAGCCUACCGCCUGCUCAUGCACCCCUCGGGCCGCGCCCUGGUGUGCGGCAUGAGCGUCGGCGGCCUGGAGCGCGUGGAUUUGCAACCCGCCAGCGCCGGCAGCACCGAGCCGCCCAAGCUGGCGCUGUCGCAAGGAGACUUCAAGAAGCGCACGAAAGGCAUCGGCCCCAUCAAGGGCAUGUCGUUCAGCGGCGACGGCCGGCUGCUGGCGCUGGGCGGCGAGGACGGGUGGAUCGAGGUGUGGGAGUGGCCGGCCAUGAAGCGCCUCAGGCGGUGGCAGGCCUCAGACAAGGCGGUCCGCAACGUCGACUUCAGCCCUGCCCACAACGACGGCGUGCUGUUCAGCUGCGACGAGGCGGGGGCGUGCCGCCUGUGGGACGCCGCCGCGGGCGAGGAGAUUGCGCAGCUGGCGCCGCCGCCCGACAUGCCGCGGGCCACCUUCUUCCGCUGCAAGUCGGCCAUCGAUGAGGAUGGCAUCGUGCUGUACACCCCCAUGAAGUGGAAGCGGGACGGCUGGCUUGUCAAGUGGCGGCAGGACGCCGACGGCGGCAUCCGCAUGGACCGCCGCACCCGCAAGCCCGUGGCGCCCGCCCCCAUCUGCGGCUUUGAGCUGUCGCGCAGCGGCGAGCUGAUGGCGGCGGUGACCCCCGAUGGCGACCAGGUCGUCAUUGACUGCGAGACGCUGCGGGUGGUGAAGCACGUCAGGGCGGCGCACAUGACCUUUGCCACUAGCGUGGCCUUCAGCCCUGACGAGCAGUUCAUCAUCUCCGGCUCCUCUGAUGCCAGCGCCGUGCUGACGCGAGUGGGGCGGGCGCCGGGCGGCGGCGGCGCGGCCGGCCUGCUGGCGGCCCUGCUGGCCCUGCUGGUGGCGCUGGCGGCGGUGCUGGCGGGGCUGCUGCAUCACCUGGCGCAGACGCGGCCGGACGACGUGCGGGAGCUGCUGGCGCCGGUGGCGCCCGCGCUGCGCACGGCGGCGGGCGCCACGUGGCUGCCGCCGCCGCUGCGAGACUGGCUGGCGCAGCUGACGUAG